CACCAGACCAACAGUAAACGAGCUUAGAAAUCCGGAGAAGUUUCAAAUCGGGAACGAAAAUUUCUAUAUAAAUGCACCAGCUUUGGGAACUUUCUGUGCACUUUUGAAUCCUUCUCUGUUUUGUUACAGCAAAAACUAAAGCUCUGUUCACAGGGCUAGAUCUGUUUCUGCAGCGUUUCUGCAGUUUUAUAAGCUCUGUGUUAAUGGCUGAUCUGAAGUUCACUGUGAGAAGGCAGGAAGCAGUCCUUGUGGCUCCUUCUUUGCCUACUCCCAGAGAAAUUCUCUACCUCUCCAACAUUGAUGAUCAGGCAGGCCUCAGAUUUCACAUCCCUAUAGUUCAGUUUUAUAAGCAUAACUUUCUGAAAGAGUGUCAAGAUCCUGCUAAAGCUAUCAGAGAAGCCCUAGGAAAAGUUCUGGUGCAUUAUUACCCUUUUGCUGGAAGGCUGAGAGAGGCGCCUGCUGGGAAACUGGUGGUGGAAUGUACAGGCGAAGGAGUUCUGUUUGUGGAAGCAGAUGCAGAUGUUACUCUCGCUGAAUUUGGAGAUGUUCAGCCGCCGAUUCCCGGAUUUAAUGAACUGCUGCACGACAUUCUCAGCCCUCAAACUCUCAUUAACUCCCCCCUUCUUCUCAUCCAGGUAACACGUUUGAAAUGUAGAGGCUUUAUAUUUGCCUUGUUGUUGAACCAUUGCAUGGCAGACGCGAUGGGAUUGAUCCAGUUCAUGACAGCUUUGGGCGAAAUGGCCAUGGGAGCAAGCGGUCCGUCGAUUCCUCCAGUAUGGGAAAGGGAGACCCUAAAACCCCGCCCGAAACUCUCAAUCAACUUCCCUCUCAAUGAAUAUGAUCAAGUCCCGGGGCAGAUUGUAUCUGUAAAUGACAUGACCCAUGCUUCCUUAUACUUUGGCCCCAAGGAAAUCGCAUCCUUGAAAAGACAAGUCCCCAACAAAACCCCGACCUUCGAGUUAUUAUCAGGGUGCCUGUGGCGUUUCAGAACAAGAGCCCUCAACAUGGCGGCAGAGCAGGAGGUGCGAUUCAUAUUCCCAUUAGAUGCUCGCUCCAGAUUCGAACCGCCAAUUCCACAUGGCUACUAUGGAAACUUAAUUAGCUUAGCUUGUGCCAAGACCACUGCUGGAGUGUUGGCAAACAAACCCUUGUCCUAUGCAGUGGAGUUAAUUAAUAGGGCCAAAAAAGCCGUUAACAAUGAAUACAUGCGGUCAGUGAUAGACUUGAUGGAGGUUAAGGGUCGACCACAUUUUACUGUGGUGGGGAGUUUUCUAAUUUCUGAUGUGACCAAGCUUGGGUUUGGAGAUGUGGAUUUUGGGUGGGGUAAGGCAGUCUAUGGUGGGCCUGCCAAAGGUGGGGUAGGAGCUGUGCCGGGUGUCUCUAGCUUUUUCGUUCCUCGUCGAAAUAAUGAUGGAACGGAAGGAAUAUUGGUUCCUUUUUGUUUGCCCUAUGAAGCCAUGCAAAAGUUUCAGCUAGAAAUAGCAGAGGCCAUAGGACAAGAAGCUCCUCCUUUUAUACAAUCUUCCCUUUGAAAAUCUACAACUAGAAUGUUAUGGUUCAAUCUGUAUAGUAAGAAAAGUUUUAUUACUAUAUUAAAAUAUUGAUAUAGUGAAUUAUGUAAAAGUUUCGUAUCAAAUUCUAUGAUUCAUCAUGGAAUAAUAUGUAUUGCAUAUGAGUUAAUACAAAGGGGGACUUGAUGCCAA